AUGCCGCACUGCCGCCUCCUCCUGGCCGCCGUGGCCCUUUUGGGGGCUGUGGCGGCGGCCGUGGCGCAGCAGCCGCUCGCGUCGCCGUCGGACCUGGCGGGGCUGUACAGCCUGCGGGCGUCGCUGGGUUUGCGGGCGCGGGAGUGGCCCGCGAGGGCCGACCCGUGCACGGCCUGGGUGGGGGUCAUGUGCCGCGCCGGCCGCGUCGUGGGCGUCAGCGUCGCGGGGUUCCGCCGCACCCGCCUCGCAAGCCGCGCGCCGGCGUUCGCGGUCGACGGGCUGCGGAACCUCACAGCGCUCGAGCUCUUCAACGCCUCCGGUUUCCCGCUCCCCGGCGAGGUGCCCGCGUGGUUCAGCCGCGGCCUCCCGCCGCCGCUCGCCGUGCUCGACCUCCGCUACGCCGCAGUCAAUGGCACGCUCCCGCCCGAUCUCGGCUCAUCGGGGAAUCUGACUAGGUUGCUCCUCUCCGGGAACAGCCUCUCGGGCCAGGUUCCGGAAACGCUGCUCUCCGUCAAAGGCCUUCGCGUUCUUGACCUCUCCACCAACAAUUUCACCGGGGAGCUACCCAGCGUCUCUGUCGGCGCCGGUGAUGUAGCGGCAUCGUUGUUUAACAUUUCAGGGAAUUCUCUGUAUGGUGUGGCCACUGAUGCCAUUGGGGCACUCAAGACGAGAUUCCGGCUGGUGGACGUGUCAAGCAACUACCUCGAUGGAAAUUGGAAUGGAUCCGAUGCAACGGUGGAUGUUAGCGUGAAUUGCUUCUCUGGUGUCUCUGGUCAGCGCCGCCGUGUUGAUUGUGAAGACUUAUAUAGGAGGGAAGGGGUGAGACUUGUUGAUAUUCCAGUGCCUGCACCUUUGCCUCAGCCAUCACCGGAGAAGAGCCGUGGGAUCUCCAAAAAUGUACUUAUUGGGGUUCUUGCAGCCGCGGCAGCAUUGAUGGUUAUGUUUUUAGUUGCAUUGCUUUUCUGUUUGAUGAGGAGGAGACAAAGAGGAGGUGGGAGAGGGGCGGAAACAAAUGAGGAAGGUGCACGCGGCAUGCGUAGGAGGGACAGCAGCGUAAAUCCUGUGGCCUCAUCACCAGUAGCAGUGUCCCCGAGAGCCGAUGCUACUCCUAAGGACGCGAUUGCCGUUUUUGGUGAGUUGACCUAUGAGCAAUUGGUCCAUGCCACCGGGGGCUUUGAUGAUGACAACCUCCUCAAGCAUGGGCAUUCUGGGGAUAUUUACCAUGGUGUGUUGGAGAAUGGCGCACAUGUCAUCGUCAAGAAGAUUGGUACAAAGAGUAUCAACAAAGUUUCAAGCGAAUCGGACUUCUAUUCGAGGUACUCACAUGAGAGGAUUGUUCCGUUGCUCGGCCAUCUGGCCAACAAUGACGAAGAAUUUCUGUCCUACAAGUAUAUGCCGAAGGCGGACUUGACCAAUGCAUUGCACAAGAAACCUGUGGACACUGAAGAUGGCUUGCACUCAUUGGAUUGGAUAACUAGACUGAAGAUCGCCACUGGUGUAGCUGAGGCCAUGUGCUUCCUUCAUGACGAGUGCAGCCCACCAUUCGUUCACAGAGAUAUCCAAGCAAGCAGUGUGCUUCUUGAUGAUAAAUUUGAAGUGCGACUGGGAAGUAUGAGUAACAUAUGCGCUCAGCAAAGUGCAGGAAGCCAGAAUGUUUUCUCUCGGAUCUUGAGAUCAUCAAAGUCUCUUGACAAGAACACAUCAGGCCCACCAGCAACUUGCUCAUACGAUGUUUACUGCUUUGGGAAGGUGAUCCUUGAGCUAGUAACAGGCAAUUUUGGUGUAAGUGGAUCAAACGAUGCUGGCUCCGAGGAGUGGCUGGCGGUCACAACAAAUCGCAUCAGCAUCAGUGACAAGGAUAGCAUUACUAAUAUCAUCGAUCCUUUACUUGUCGUUGAUGAGGACCAUCUUGAAGAAGUAUGGGCAGUGGCGAUCGUCGCAAAGACGUGCCUAAACUCAAAGCCUUCAAGGCGUCCCUCUGCUCGCUACGUCUUGAAAGCCCUGGAGAAUCCGCUGAGGGUGGUCCGAGCGGGUUCCCAGUCCAACUCUGCAAGGCUCAGGAGCUCGUCAUCGCGGAGCUCAUGGCAGUCUGCUUUUCUUCAGGGCAAUCGUUACCAGAGCUACGAGGUCAUGUCGCCAUCAGGGCGAAUGCUUGAUCGCAGAGGCUCAGUUAGGUCGCAUAUUAGUGGGGGAGAAGCUUCCUCGUCCUUCAAGAGAUCUUUGCGGGAGAUUGCUCCGGACCCGCAAGUGCUGGACGAGGACGUCGCUGUGUAG